AUGGUAAAAAAGAAUGGAUCAUGGAGGCUCUGUGUUGAUUAUAGGCAAUUUGACCAGCUCACUAUUAAAGACAAGUUUCCUAUUCCACUGGUGGAAGAGUUACUUGAUGAGUUGCAUGGUGCAAAAUUUUUUUCUAAACUUGAUUUAAGAAUAAGUGUCUUUAGUGCUACAGAAGUUGAAUAUCUGGGGCAUGUUAUUUCUGACAAAGGAGUUGAAAUGAGCAAAGAAAAAGUUCUGAGUAUCUUGAAUUGGCCUCAACCUCAAAAUGUCAAAGAAUUGACGGGAUUCCUUGGACUCACAGGGUACUACAGAAGGUUUAUUAAAGGGUACGGGUUGCUAGCUAAACCAUUGACAGAUUUACUUACGAAGGAUGCUUUCAAGUGGGAUGAAUCAACAAGUGAAUCUUUCACAAAAUUGCAGAUUGCUAUGACCACAGCUCCAGUUUUAGCCCUUCUUGAUUUCGGCAAGGUGUUCAUGGUUGAGACCAAUACCUCUAGCUUGGGAGUAGGUGCUGUACUGACUCAAGAUGGAAGGUCUAUUGCAUAUUUCAGCAAAGCAUUAUCAACUAAGCAUCAGAUUCUCUCUGUGUAUGAGAAGGAAAUGAUGGCAGUGAUUAUGGCAGUUAAGAAGUGA